GUUUUAAAAUGUUUGUUCAAAAAUACAUCAUUUUGAUAACUUUAAAGAUGGUUACAUUUUUGGUAUUUAAAUAUGUGCAUGGAUCAUAUGAGUUGUUUCGUAAAAAUGAGGAAUUUAAUGUGACAUUGGGAUAUCUACUUAAAACAUUUCCGAUUUUUCCUAUAGAAUACGAAGUAUCUUUUGAAGUUUUUUUAAGCUCAUUUUCUGAUGUAGACAGUCGAUGUGCUUGUGUAAACUUGUUUCGAUUUACCAAUGGUAGUGAUGAUUCAAAUCAUUACGGAAAUAGACUUUUAUCUAUGUGGAUAACGAUGCCCGAAUUUAAAACUUUUUAUUAUUUAUCUAUUAAUGGUAUCACAGAUCUAGCGGUUAGUAAUAUGUUAACCACAGGAUGGAAAAAAUUUUAUAUAAGUCAACUUCUCUCUCAUGGUGACUAUAUAUCAACUUUAAAUAUUGACGGUCAAAUCUACUUAUCAAAAAGAAACGAUGAUGCAAGAGUGUUUUAUAAUGUGAACUUAUAUUUUUCCGAUCCUUUUUAUGUAUCGCUACCCGGACGCGUCAGAAACCUUUUAAUAACAAAAGUAUGUUCAGAAAAUAACAUGUACUGCAAACCUCAACUGAGUGUGACAUAUACUGGAAUAAUAAAUGGAAAAUUUCUGAACAUAAGUCUUGACACACAAUAUAGCAAUGCAGAGGAACAUGUUAUAAACAUUACUUGGGAAUACCUUUUACCACCUUUCCUAAAGCUAGAAUCUGUUUACUCAUCAGUUAACGCUGUAAAUAUUACUUCUAACAAAUACAUGGUUCCACAAUUAUUACCAGUUGGGUUCUCUCAGAGUAUAAACAUUUCAGUUAUUACUACCACCUGUUUGGUUUGUGGAUCAUACACUAUUGACAUUCCAGUUAUAUUAUAUUAUAUGAAUAAGAAAGGAAACUUAUGGAAAUCAUACCAAUCAAUUAGCAGAGUUUUACGUGAAAACUGUAGCAAUUUACUAACCAAUAUGAAUUAUAGACAAGACUUAGGCGAAUGCACACAACUUUGUAACUGGACAAAGGAUGUUAUCAUUAAUAACAAUGAAAACUACAUUUGUACAUGUGAUUUGGGCUGGAAUUUGAGUACAAACAAUUACAGUUGUGUCGAUAUUAAUGAAUGCAUAAGUUUAAAUAACCCUUGCAAUUGGACAAACAGUGUUUGUAAAAAUACUGCAGGAAGCUUCAGUUGUUCAUGUGUAUCUGGCUGGGGUUUGAAUGAGAAUAAUGAUAACUGUAUUGACAUAAAUGAAUGUGAAAGUUCAAAUAAGACUUGCGAUAUAACAGAUUGUGUUUGUGAAAAUACUGCAGGAAGCUACAUUUGUUCAUGUUCAUCUAACAUGUUUUUAGAUAAAAGUACAGGUAGCUUUUUUGAAGAUGCAACCAUGUGGAGUGAAUGUAGUGAAACAUGUGGGUUUGGUUAUAAAUAUAGUUAUUCAAAAACUUUAUUAGUUCCUCAACAAAUCGAAUCGCAGCUAGUGAAGUCAUGUAUAAAUCAAAAAUGUCCAGUGGAUGGAAAAUGGAGUACAUGGGUCAUCUUUGAAUCUUGUUUAAAUCAAUGUGGAACCUGUUUUACUAAACGAAAAAGGACUUGUACUAACCCAGAACCUGCCAACGGCGGAUACAAUUGUUUUGGGAUUAAUCUUGAUGUUCAUUUUAUGGAAAACGACAUGUUAUGUCCUGUUCAUGGGGGUUGGACGCAAUGGUCAUUGUGGUCUUCAUGCAGUCAACCAUGUCAAGGUGGUAUAAAAACAAGGCAUCGUAAUUGCCUAAAUCCAAUACCAAAAAUAUUUGGCCUACCAUGCAGUGGAAACAAUACUGAGCAUAGUACUUGUUAUUCUUAUGAAUGCAAAAAAGUAUCUUUAAAUCUAAAUAUAUUAUUUAUGGAUGAAGAGUAUGUAGAGCUAUAUUCUGAUAUUACGAACUUACCAUCGUUGAAUUUAAACAACCAAAUUAAAGCUGUGAUACGAAAUCUUUAUAACAAGUACAACAAUAGUGUUCAAUUUGAUGUGAAGUUACGUUCUAUGAAGAAAGAGUUUGCAAGUAUGAAUAAACCAUAAAUGAUGAACAAACGAAUGAUAGUUGCUAAAACUCCGUUAGUUGAAUCUUUUUUGAUGUCGCAAAUUUGAUUGUGGAAUAUAUUUGCAUGUUACUAUAACAAUUUUUUAAGGUUAUGACUAAUUACAAAAAACUUCUUAUGUUUUUAUGUGUAAAAUUAUAUAUUUUUUGAGCUGUAUAAUGCUGUCACAUUUACAAAUCUUGUUUAAGCCUUUAUAAAUCAUAAACUUUAUUGAACAGUAGAAAAAUUAUAUUUGCAAACAGAUUUAAAUUUUUUUUG